AUGAAAAUUAAACGAAAGUGGAAAUUUCUGUUGACCAUUGUCUUCAUUUUCAUUGCCAUUUUCAUUAUCCUCCCUCCAAUUAUCGGAUCCAAUGAUCAAUUCAUAUCAUGGUACCAAACUUUCCGGCAUAAAUUGACGAUUUUAUUUUUGGGAGACCCCGCUACAAGCACUGAUGCUUAUAUCAUUAACACUUAUUACUAUCCAAGGUCCAAGUCUCUCGGAGAGAAUGCAAUAGCAAUGGUUUUACUGUUGGAUAGGAAUACUGUAAGAGAUAUAACAAGAUAUCAGAUGAAAUUGGUAGCUACGAAUGGGUCAAAUCAGUCGAUUACUGUACAUCCAACUUUGAUAAAGGAACAACUCAAUGAAGCAUGCCGAUUAGUGAACGUUGUUGCUACUACUAAUGUUUUACCUGAAAUGAAGAAAUUGGAGAUUUUCGAUGGGAAUACUAAAGUUGAGAUCCCUUUCAAACUCCCUCGUCAAUCCGCACCCACUCCAGUUAUCAUCUGUAUUUCUCCGCAAUUUAUCGCUGAGCAAUGGCAACUUUUUGUCACUCACGCCCACGUAGCUCGAAGAUUCGGUGGACACCUGCACAUCUACAUCACCAGUAUGCUGGAUUCCUUCUUCGAAUUGGCACAAGAAUAUGAGCGUCUGGGAUAUGCCACAAUUGAUUUUUGGAUGAAAUUGAAGUUUAAGAAUCCUUCUUCGGAGAACUCAUUAGAACCGAACUCGGAAUCUGAGCUUAGAAAUCAAGCUGGAGCGCAAACAGAUUGCCUGCUACAGUAUAAGGAAGCUGCUGAGUUUAUUACAUUUUUCGACAUCGAUGAUAUCCUAUUCCCACGUGGAUAUGAUUCCUAUUAUGAUGAGUUUUCUGCACUUCAUCUGGAAAAUCCAGGCAUUCUAACCUUUCAUUACAAUAAAAGAGAAAUGCUGGUCCAUAACAAAGCGAAUAUUCGGGAUUUCGACUUUUCGGAACUUUUCGGUCAUACAUGGUUUGUAAAUGAGCAAGACUAUGGAAAAGUGAUGACUAAACCGACAAGUAUCAAUUCGAUGUGGAUUCAUGAAUCCUUUAAUUUCUCCUACAAACGGAAGCUAUUCUUGAGGUCAAAUUGGUUGAUUCAUAUACAAAAACCUGUUGAUACAGAUGGAAAGGAUAUUAUUCCAUAUAGAAUGAGCCAUUUUGAGCAAAUGCCAGAGAUGAAGUUGAAUGAUUCGGUGCUCGUGGAGAUACAAAAGGAUUUUGAGAGACUACUCAACACAUCAUCGAUUCUCAAAAUCGCUGGCAAUCUACCAACGAAAUCCUAUUAUUUCCCAAUUAUCUAUCGUUGCUACUAUGAGAAAUUCUAUAAAAAAUUCCAAACAGAAUGUCCGAAUGGGGAAGGAUGUUUGAUUCCCCAAAGAUCGGACAUGAACUGUUUCCAUUCUGAAGCUGAUUACAAAUCUGGGCCUAAAAUGAUGCCAAUCACUUAUCAUUUUCAUGAGAAUUCGCGUUGGGUCAAAACUGUCGGGUGUCAUAAUUGA